UGGCUGAAUAGAGUGGACUGCCUACUGUGAGAGGGAUCGAGACCCCCUCCUCCUCCCCAAACCACCACCUCCACCACCACCAUGUUAGCAUGAAGGCCCAUGCUAGCAGGUCAAAUGGACUGGAAAACUCUACACUAACAGUGGUGUAAAUCAUCUGUUUCACCUUAACUACUCAUUGUCUGUUUGUUUUUGUUUUUGUUUUUUCAUUUCUGGAUAAAGUCUUACUCCGCUGUGUUUGGGUACACUUAUACCCGUGUAAAACUCCUGAGAAAAAUCCGGUUCCGUCCGGUUUCCACGUCAGGUUUUCGCGCCAACUUGUCUGUCUCGCGCACCAUCCGGCGCGCGCCCCAAUCUGCGCGUGUGUGAAUGAGUGUGUGCGUGCGCGUGUGUGCGCGCGCGUGUGUGUGUGCGUGCGCGCGAGCUCUGCCUUCCUCACCUUUUCGGAAAGCUGCUCUUCCCGAGACGAAACCUCGGCAGCUGAACGGCAGGAAUUCACCGCGAAUAAAAGCCGUUCCGACUCACACCGCGGAGGAGCCGCUUCCCUCCACAAACCGGGCUUUGCUUUUGUUUUUGUUUUUGUUUGUGGUUUUUUAACACACACACACACACACACACACACACACACACACACACAUAUAUAUAUACACACACACGUUUUUUUUCCGUUUGCUGUGUGUUUUCUUUAAGCACAGUUUCCGAAGAGGACAGGUUGCCGUUAGGUUUCCCCUUUCCUCUCCUCUCCUCUCCUCUCCUCUCCUCUGAACCGGUCUUCUACUUGUCCGCAUCUUUCUCUCGACUUUGAGAAAGCGGGAAGUCAGAAGUGAGUCAGACUUUUUACCGGAGAGUCCGACAGAGACCGGCUUCCCGCUAACGCCGAGACUCUCAUCCCACUGGCGCUAGCGGAGCAUGAACCGCAGCCUCACUGCUCUUCCUACCGGAGAAACUCCUUCUGCCUGCUCUGUGCGCUCCGACACACACUUCUGAAACUCACCCACAGGUGCAGAGCCUGAAGAUGAGCGUCUUUGGGAGGAAUUUUCGCGUGCUGUUGUGACUCCGGCGACUUUCGAGCAAGCAUGAGGAGAGCACCCAAGCCGAGCACAAUGGCCUGCUCAGUGUGGAGUCUCCCAAGCCUCCGUUGCCUGAUGUUCGCUUUGGCUGCUCUACAGUGCACUGAAGGCUUCAGUCGGGGAGCACUGCCAUUUGGUUUGGUCAGGCGGGAACUGUCCUGCGAGGGCUACCCAAUUGACCUACGCUGUCCAGGAAGUGAUGUCAUCAUGAUUGAGAGUGCUAAUUACGGGCGCACGGAUGACAAGAUCUGUGAUGCUGACCCCUUCCAGAUGGAAAAUAUCAACUGCUACCUCCCUGAUGCCUACAAGAUAAUGUCCCAAAGGUGCAAUAAUCGAACCCAGUGUAUUGUCAUUACGGGAACGGAUGUCUUCCCUGACCCUUGCCCAGGAACUUACAAAUACCUUGAGGUCCAGUAUGAAUGUGUCCCUUAUAAAGUGGAGCAAAAAGUUUUUGUUUGUCCUGGAACUCUGAAAGCUGUCGGAGAUCCUUCCUUUCUGUACAAGGCGGAGCAGCAAGCUGGCGCCUGGUGCAAAGACCCUCUUCAAGCAGGCGACAAAGUUUAUUUCAUGCCCUGGACGCCGUACCGCACCGACACGUUGAUCGAGUACUCGUCGUUUGACGAUAUUCAGAACGCCAGACAAACCCUGACGUACAAACUUCCCCAUCGAGUGGACGGCACCGGAUUCGUGGUGUACGACGGCGCAGUGUUCUUUAACAAGGAGAGAACACGCAACAUUGUGAAGUUUGACUUGCGCACACGCAUCAAGAGCGGCGAGGCCAUCAUCAACAACGCCAACUACCACGACACAUCGCCGUACAAGUGGGGCGGCAAGACGGACAUCGACCUGGCCGUGGACGAGAACGGCCUUUGGGUGAUUUACGCCACCGAGCAGAACAACGGCAUGAUGGUGCUGAGCCAGCUGAACCCGUACACGCUGCGCUUCGAAGCGACUUGGGAAACGACAUACGACAAGCGCUCGGCCUCUAACGCCUUUAUGAUCUGCGGCGUGCUCUACGUGGUCAGGUCCACGUACGAGGACAACGAGAGCGAAGUGAGCAAAGGCGUCAUCGACUACAUGUACAACACCAAGCAGGGCCGUGGUGAGUACGUGGACAUUCACUUCCCCAACCAGUACCAGUACAUCGCCGCCGUGGAGUACAACCCCAGGGACAACCAGCUCUACGUGUGGAAUAACUUUUACGUCCUGCGCUACAACCUGGCCUUCGGACCACCCGAUCCAGCUCACGCCCCGCCUAUCUCAGAUGCCACCUCUGUGCCAGCGCCACCCCGAAUGACAACCACCACAAUGACAACAACAACAGCACAGCAUAGAGGCCUAACCACAACCAUAAACACUACAGGGACCAGGGUCGGCAACAAGCCCCCUAAACCCCCAGUGGCACCGUCCCGAACUACAACGCCUCCGUCCCUGGAGUCGUUCCCUUUGCCCAAGCGCUUCUGUGACAGCGUGGAGCGAAGGGACAUCCUGUGGCCUCAGACACAGAGGGGCAUGCUUGUGGAACGACCAUGUCCCAAAGGAACCAGAGGCACCGCCUCCUACCUGUGCGUCCUCUCCACCGGGGCCUGGCACCCAAAAGGCCCUGAUCUAAGCAACUGCACCUCUCACUGGGUCAAUCAAGUGGCUCAGAAGAUCCGGAGUGGGGAGAACGCGGCCAACCUGGCCAACGAGCUAGCUAAGCACACCAAAGGGCCCAUCUUCCCCGGCGACAUCAGUUCCACCAUGAGGCUCAUGGAGCAGCUGGUGGACAUCCUCGAUGCCCAGCUGCAGGAGCUGAGGCCAAGUGAAAAGGACUCUACCGGAAGGAGCUUCAACAAGGUUCAAAAGCGAGAAAGGACAUGCAGGGCAUAUAUGAAGGCGAUCGUGGAUACCGUGGACAACCUGCUCCGGCCAGAAGCGCUGAAGUCUUGGAGAGGCAUGAAUAUCACAGAGCAGACUCAUGCUGCCACCAUGUUACUGGACACUCUCGAGGAAGGAGCCUUCGUCCUUGCUGACAAUCUAAUGGAGCCCGCAAUAGUGAAAGUGCCAGCUAGCAAUAUAAUCCUGGAUGUGUAUGUGCUGAGCACAGAUGGCCAGGUGCAGGACUUCAAGUUUCCCCAAAGCAGCAAGGGUGGUAUAUCUAUCCAGCUGACAGCCAAUACAGUUAAACUGAACAGCCGGAAUGGUGUUGCCAAGUUGGUGUUUGCUCUGUACAAAAACCUGGGCCAGUUCCUGAGCACCGAGAAUGCGACAAUCAAACUGGGCAGCGAGGCGAGCGGCCACAACCUCACCGUGGCCGUAAACUCAGAUGUCAUAGCUGCCUCAAUCAACAAGGAAUCCAGUCGAGUCUAUAUAACCGAGCCAGUGAUUUUUACCCUGGAACACAUUGAUAUGCAACACUAUUUCAACUCAAACUGCUCCUUUUGGAAUUACUCAGAAAGGAGCAUGAUGGGAUACUGGUCCACACAAGGCUGCAAGCUUGUUAAGUCGAACAAAACCCACACAACAUGCUCGUGCAGCCAUCUAACAAAUUUCGCCGUCCUUAUGGCUCAUCAGGAAAUGCUGGGCCCAGGCAGAGAGCACAAGCUGCUGCUGACGGUCAUCACUCGCGUGGGCAUUGUGGUCUCACUUGUCUGCUUGGCCAUGUGCAUCUUCACAUUCUGCUUCUUCCGUGGCCUGCAGAGUGACAGAAACACCAUCCACAAGAACCUUUGCAUUAACCUCUUCAUUGCCGAACUCCUCUUCCUAAUUGGCCGCAGUGUGACAGAACUCAGGAUUGGUUGUGCGAUCAUCGCUGGGAUCCUGCAUUAUUUCUUCUUGUCCUCUUUUGCUUGGAUGUGUUUGGAGGGAGUUCAUCUCUAUCUUAUGCUCGUGGACAUCUUCGAGAGUGAAUACUCACGGAAGAAAUAUUACUACGUUUCGGGCUACCUGUUUCCCGCCAUCAUCGUGGGCGUGUCCGCGGCUGUGGAUUAUGGGAGCUAUGGAACAGAGAAAGCAUGCUGGCUGAGAUUGGACAACCACUUCAUUUGGAGUUUUAUUGGACCUGUUACCUUCAUCAUUAUGCUUAAUCUCAUCUUCCUGGUCAUCACAAUGUACAAAAUGGUGAAGCACUCUACUUCAUUGAAACCAGACUCCAGCAGGUUGGAAAACAUAAAUAAUUAUCGCGUUUGUGAUGGCUACUAUAAUACCGAUUUGCCUGGCUAUGAAGAUAAUAAACCAUUUAUCAAGUCCUGGGUUCUAGGAGCGUUUGCCUUGCUGUGUCUUCUGUGUCUUACCUGGACCUUCGGUUUGUUAUUCAUCAAUAGCGAAUCCGUCGUGUUGGCCUAUCUCUUUACCAUAUUCAACACCUUCCAGGGAAUGUUUAUCUUCAUCUUCCACUGUCUGCUUCAGAGAAAAGUUCGUCGAGAGUACAGCAAAUGCCUCCGCCACACAUCUUGUUGCAGCAGCUUGCCAAGUGAGAGCUCCCACAGUUCCACAAAGACAGCAACAACAAGGACAAGUGCACGCUACUCCUCCGGCACUCAGAGCCGAAUCAGAAGAAUGUGGAACGACACUGUAAGAAAGCAAUCGGAAUCCUCCUUUAUCUCAGGGGACAUCAACAGCACAUCAACCCUCAACCAAGGAAUGACGGCCAAUUAUCUACUAACAAACCCUCUUCUACGACCCCAAGGCACUAACAACCCAUACAAUACCUUACUGGCCGAAACGGUCGUAUGUAACACUCCUACGGCUCCCGUCUUUAACUCUCCAGGACACUCAAUGAAUAAUGCCAGGGAUACAAGUGCAAUGGAUACUCUACCGCUAAAUGGUAACUUCAAUAAUAGCUACUCGCUUCGGAACGGGGACUACAGCAAUGGUGGCAUCGGCCUAGAUGAAGCCGCCUUCGAGAAGAUGAUUAUCUCGGACCUGGUGCACAGCAACCUGAGGACAUGCGGCAAAAAACAGCGGCACGAGCCUCAUAUCUCCACUAGAAAUGUAGCCAGGGGAGGGACCAGUAGCAAAGAUGAAACCACUGUAGCCGAAACUACAUCCUUGGUGCCUGUGGACAGCGAGAGCAGCCAUUUAAUGGUGGGGAGUCUGAGCUUGCACCAUCACCACCACCAGCACCACCUGGAUGCCCCUCUCAUCCCCCAGCGGACUCACUCCCUCCUGUAUUACACUCAGGAGAGAGCGAGAACCGAGCCUACAGCUACAAAACACAGUCUGCAACCACCCACUACGGACUCCCUGUACUCCAGAGAGCUGAACCUGAGAGACUCGCCCUUAACCGAGACCAGCCUCCAGACAGAGCAACUCUCGCCCUCCAAACACAGCGAGGACGAGGACGCCUACUACAAGAGCAUGCCCGAUUUAGGGGCUGGCCAACAGCUACAAUCCUGCUAUCAGAUGAGCAGGGGAAGCAGUGACGGUUAUAUAAUCCCCAUCCCCCAAUCCCCUAAAGAGGAGUGCGAGCCAGAGGUGGACGUACGGGAAGGACAGAUGCAGCUCAUCACGAGCCUUUAAUAUGUUCUUUUUUUUUUUUCCCCCCCGCAAAACAGUCCACACCAGUUACCACAAGGACACUCGGUACUAGGGGAGGGUUUAGAACAUGGUUCAUACUUCAUCUCUCUUCGUCUUUCACUACGUUCCCCUCAGAAACAUAGCUCUCCACUGUUUCGCUGACAUCCCCAAAGACGUGUAGACCAGUGUGGCUGCAUUGCAGUGUGAGUCCGCUUGUCUAAAUCAGCGCCGAUGUUGACUGUAAGAACAAUCAGACGUGGGAUUUGAUGGACAAGCGAAGUCUUAGCGCUGCCGACGUUGACGGACUCAGAACAAUGGAAUGAUUUCACAUAAAAAAAGAGAAAAAAAUAUACCAAAUAAUAGUAUUUCCUGUUUCAGCUCGUACAAUGUUUGUUAGAGGUUGUACAUAGGGUCACAUAUUUCAAAUCCAGUUUUGUAUUAUAUACAAAAAUGGAGUUUCCAGCACGUAAAGUAAGCAGAGGUGUGUACUAAGAUAUUCCUAAUGGGACUGUUUAUUUAGGAAAUUCAGUAGUCUGGAUAUAUGGCCCCAUUUUUACAAUGAAGAUCAGAUUGUGCUGUAUAACCACUAGCAAUCAAACCCCAGGCCUUAUCUUUUCUUGGUUGUACAGUAAAACCAUCAAGGAUAAUGGCAUAAAAAUCUAUAUUUUGUUGUAUUUCAGGUGCAUAUUAAGAAAGCAACCUUAACUAUAAGAAGGAAACAUUUUUAAUUAAGACUUUUAAUUAAGACAUCCAGAAGAGGCUAUUGUGUUGGGAAAAAAACAUUGCACAUGUUAUAAGAAGAUGAUUUGUUCUUACCGUUUAUUCAUCAUGGUGUGUUUGGAGGAGGAUUAAGAUGAAAUGAGUGGACGCAGAGCUUAGAGAGGUUGCUGACAUCAAAUUCUAUCUUAUUCAGGAAAAUUAGUUUGCUGCACCAAAGCAUCGGGCUUUAGGAGGAAAUUAGGAUUUUUCUUGCCUUUGUUUAAAAGAUUCUCAGAGAAUCUGUACAGGCAUGAAAGUCACUCAAGUCCACAGCCAAACACCAGGAUUUCCAGACGCAUUCUUCGAAAUAGAUUUCCGAUAUUUAUUUAUUAAAUUAUUCUCAAUGAUACUUUUUAACUCUUUUGUGAAUACAUUACAGCACUGGUUCAUUCUUUGCAUUAACAUGUUAGUAAGGAGCCCAUACAAAUAAUGUAAAGUUCAACACUUGUUUAACAAUAAAUAAAUGUGAAUUUUUGGCUAUUAUAGGAUGUUUUUUAUUCCCAUGACUUCAAAUGCUGUCUGUGUGUGUGUGUGUGUGUGUGCCUGCGUCCAUGGAAAAAGAAGUGCAUUACUUGAAAAAUGAAUUAGUGUUUCCAUUAUUUUGACAACUAUCACUGAGUUUUUAUCUUCAAGCUCUUUUCAAGUGGUCUUCAAGGCUGUUUGCAACACAUUUAACAUUUAAGAAGAGCUUUACUAAGUCACUUCACACUGACUCCUGUGUAAAACGACGUUGUUUAACAGCGCUGUUGAAUUAAAGUUUUUUGAAUUAAAGGUCGAUAUUUUAUUUAUUUAUUUUCUAGCAGCAUGACUUGCAAGGAAAUGAAUUCUUUUUAGCAAGAUAUCUUCCAAAAUUUUUCAUACUUAGUUUAUAUAUAUAUAUAUAUAGAAUGCCUAAAACAUAUUGUAAUCAUUCUCAUGGCUGGGGCAGGAAGCUGCUGCGAGGUUGCAGAUGUGUUAACAAGUUCAUCACGAGUGAGAGAGGAAACUCUGUAUAUGUUUACAAAGAAAUGGCAACCAUGUAUAGGAUGUUUUGUACAUAAAGUUACAUUUUGAUAAAAGGUCUUAAUUUCCCCAAUAUAUGGAGACUUUUGGGACACCCUCUAUAUUAAAUGUAAUCAAUUUAGAACUUACAACUUAGGAUGCGCCUCAUAACGGAUUUUUUUUUUUUUUUUUUAAACGUGUAAUUGUUGAUCGGCUGAAGUCUGUUUAGCAUUUUUAGAAGGAUUCUUCAGUGUCAGAGCUUUGUAACAGUUUGUUUCUUGGUAACAUGACUAACAUGUGUGGUUCUUUCUUGUUUAAUUGUUAAUUGUUUGUUGUUGGUGGGGGAUUUUUUGACGGGGUUGCCUUAUUAAUUUCAAGAGAGGAAGAAAUAGAGGCUGGUUUAUAGCUGAUUUAACAAAAGUAGUAGUAGGAACUAAUUUGUUAGAGUAAAGAGUACAAUGUCCAUCAAUCCAUUUUCUGUACUGCUUAUCCUACAUAGGGUUACGAGGAGCCUGGAGCCUAUCCUAGGGGACUCAGGGCACAAGUUGGAGGACACCCUGGACAGGGUGCCUACCCAUCACAAGGCACAAUCACACACACAUUCGGAAAUGCCAAUCAACCUACAACACAUGUCUUAAGAUUGGGGGAGGAAAGCGGAGUAAACCCUGAAGUACGGGGAGAACAUGCAAGCUCCAUGCACACAGGGCAGAGGUGGGAGUCGAACCCCCAACCCAAGAGGUGCGAGGCAAACAUGCUGACCACUAAGCCACCGUGCCUUCCAAAAGUACAAUGUGUCAUUCUUAAAUAAAUGAAUCUUAUCUUUGGCAAAUUGCUGUGGAAUAAGAGGAAUAAAACACUUCAAGAUGUGCUCUUAUUGAAAAAUAGUCAACUUCAAGGUGGUAAUAGUAACAUGUGCCGCAACACACCAUUCUCUCAUUGAUUCUUUUUCUAUAACAGCACACCCCUUCAUGUUUUAUUCCUUACUUAUAAGAGAGGCUAAUUGAGAAAUGAUGAGAAAUCUACUGUUCACAUCCCCUCAACACUCAGCUGUAUCGCUUUCCUUUCGAAAAGCUGGAAACCUUUGUGAAACGUUUGAUUUAAAAAAAAUAUAUAAAAAUCCCCACCUCCUAGAGCCAUCCAUGUCUCCUGUCCAAUGACCCGAAACUCUCUUGCUCGGAUACAUCUGUGGUUUU